AUGUUACGUCAGUACCAGGUUGUGCUCGUGUCCCUGGCGUGCUUCGCGGCUAAUUGCAGCGGCUCCAGCUCGGAGUAUUUAAUCAUUCGGCAUGGCCGGUCGCGGGUGCGUCACUCGAGCGAGAAGGACCACAUCCGGUGGGGCCUCCAAGUGUUCGACAACUUUACGCUGCUGGACUACGAUGCGGGUGGGAGCGGAAGUGGCUCCGGGGGCGGUUCCGGCAGUGGGGGUAGCGAGGAAACAUCACAGCCAUCACCCGCCAAGGAACUGCCGGCAAACGGUGCGCGCACCGGAAGCACGCUCACGAUACGGUUUGACGAGUCGGAAGAGCUGGAGCGCAUGAUUGAGGUAAGCGAUUUCGAGAACUUGCGCUUCAGUGCGGCCCGCAACACCGGCGGACCGAACGGCGAGCCGGGAUCGAUGCCGCCAACAACUGUCACGACCGGCCGGGACAGGAAGCUUAUCAAGAAGGAGAUAAUGGAAAACAUUCGCCGUACGGUCGACAAGGGGCUCGAGUACCUGAAAUCGCACAACAACCUGGACGAGGUGAAAAUCGAACUCGUCCCAUUUCGGGCCACUGCUGCGAAACACCACUCGACGGCGGGAAGAAAAUGGCCACCAAUCGAACCGACCGACCCAACGGUUGACAGCCGUGGAAGUAAUCGCGCGGAAGAGCAAUCGUACUGGGCGACGAGCAGUUCCAUCCCGGUGGCCGGUGCGUCCAGUCGUCGGCAGGGCGUCAACUCGUUGCCAUGGAUGGAUGAAAUUGCUAAAAGCGUCCAGCGUCCGAUCGGGAGUGCUCAAGUGUCCGCAUCCAAUCAACGACUAAUCUCGUUAGACGCGAUUCCACGGACAGAACCCCCGCCGCUAGCGGUACCAACCGAUCCACCGGAACCGACCGGUUGGAGUUCAGCGUCAAGGGUUGGAUUGGCGAACGGGGAGGAUUAUCCUAAUGACAUGCCGGCGGUCGUUGACAUGGGUAACCCUGGUAAAGAUGGGGCCGAUAAACAACAGCCGGAAAAAGCUGAAGAAGCAAGUGACACGAACGCUGAUGCGCCACAGGAUGACGAUCCGCUGCUGCAGGAUGCCGAAAUGGAGGACGACCCCGCCGGGGAAGAGGAGCUCGAGUCGGACGGCGAGGGCGGUUCCGAGCUGGACAUUAACAAUGUUUUUCACAUGGAGGAGAUCGAUCUGAGCGAGCUGGACGAAACCAGCCGGAACAAUCGGCGCAACCUGAUGCGGGGCCAGGACGUGGUGACGCAGUUUCUGCAGAUCGUCGAGAGCCAGCAUCUGCUCGGGGCAAACUGUACCGCCGGGACGGCCCUCAACCUGGGGGACGGUGUCGUCGACCGGUACGCGCAGGAUCGGUUUCGCGUCGAGGCAGAAAUAGCCGUCAACCGGGCGAACAUGCUGACCAGAAUAUUCAAGUUCUCGUCCGCGGACGUACAAGCGUCCGAGCACCUGUUGCACGCCUCCGUCCUGUCGAUGGUCGAGUUUGACGAUGAUAUUUUUGCCGGCGGAAACUGUUUCGACUGGAACCAGCAUCCGGCCAAGCGCGGUUUGUUCUGCCCGUUCGCCUACCGUCUGCCGCCCCCGGAUCAGGGCGCAUCGCUCGUCAAGGAUCUGGCGCUCGAGUAUCACUACUUGGGCAACACCUCCGAAUGGUUCUUUCUGGCACGCAAGAACGCGGAGAAGGUCAUCGAGCACAACGAGCAGUAUAUUAAAUCUUUUCACGUCUACACCAACAACACCGAGCGACAGGCGGACGAAAUUCUAUCGGUAAAGUACGAGGAUGGACGCUGGUCGAAGCCGUACUACGACUGCGGAGGUGGCAAUAUCUGGAUGCUUACGUACACGGUACCUUUCUUUGGCUACGAGAAUGGGACGUACUUUUUCAAAGGUACAUCUGGCAUCGAUAUCGAUUUAAGGCGCGUCGACAUUGAUCAGUGUCCGCAGAAAAACUCCCCAUCUGGAGCACCCCAGCCACUGAACAUUUUUGCCGGCACGGACAAAUGCAAACAGCGUACGACGGAGUGUACACCCAUUCCCGGGCUUGGCUUUCGACGCGGAUCCUAUCGGUGCAUCUGCCGAAAGGGAUACUACUUUCCCGAUACGACGAUCGAGCAGAAGUAUUUCAACGGCAGCACGCUGGAGGAAGAGUAUGAAAAACUUAUGCUGAGCGAGUACAGCACCUACAGCAUCCCGAACUCGUACGAAUGUUUGCCGUGCGCUGAAGGGUGUGACUCCUGCGAGGAUGCAUCACCGUGUGUGGCUGCCCUGAACUGGCCGAUGCGUACGUCCAUCCUUGUGCUGGCCUGCGCUGUCAUUGGGCUGCUGCCACCGGCGGCCGUGUUUACCUUCAAGUACCAGCAAGUAAAGGUCGUACGUGCUGCCAGUCCGGCAUUGCUGCGUGUAAUUGCAUUGGGCGCAUUUUGCAUUUAUUGUACGUCGGUUGUGAUGUAUCCGCCCCCUUCGCUCUACUCCUGUACCGCCCGCAUUUGGUUGCGGGAAAUUGGAUUUUCCCUGACGUACGGGGCACUGAUGUUGAAAACCUGGCGAAUAUCGGUAAUUUUUCGCGUCCGUUCGGCGAAAGCGGUCAAAAUCACGGAUGCGUACCUGCUGAAGCGGUUGGGCGUGCUGUGCGGUUUCGUAGGAAUUGCAUUGCUGGUCCGGACGUUGGUUGCGCCUCCGGUCGUGAUCGUCGGUCGAACAGCGGACAAUCUGAAGGCGUUUCUGUGCAAAACGGACUGGUGGGAUCAUACCUUCACCUCAAUGGAGGUCCUGUUUCUGGCCUGGGGUGUCCGGCUCUGCAUCAUGGUACGGAAGGCACCGUCCGAGUUUAACGAAAGCCGCUUCAUAUCGAUGGCGAUCUACAACGAAUUUCUACUGACGUGCUUCCUGAAUGUGUCAAUGUUGUUCCUGCAGUCACCGGCUAAUCCCGAUUUAUUGUACAUCAUAUUUUUCUGUCACACGCAGCUCACGGUCACGCUACUGUUGGCUUUGAUUUUUGGCAGCAAGGUGUACCUGGUAUUCCGGGGUGGUGGCAAACAUCAGGACGACCCAACCGGGCUCGGCAUCAAACCGUCCGGUGCCAAAUUUAUUAGCCGCUCGCACGGACGAACAUUCGCCAACGCUAGCAGCGUCACGACGUCUACCGCUCAGCUCGGAGCCAACAUGGCCAAUGAAGGCCGGUUGACGGAAACGGAAGCACUGGAAGAGCUGAAGCUUCUUUACACCCAGCUACAGCGGCUGUACGAGCGCAUUCCACAGCGUGGUGCAGCUAUUCUGACCGUCGCUAGUCUGAUGGAAGCUUGCCGUACCACGUCGCUUCGGCCACCACCUGCCAUCGGUGCGCCCAGCCCACUGAAAGCGAUCCAGAGCGCCGGUAUGACGGGCGCACCGGACGGCUUAUCGAUGGCAUCGGGGGCAACGGGCAUCUUGGCAGCCACUCCCACCACCAUACAGAGGAUGGACAAGAGCACUAACACCAACACGACGGCAACGAUCCCGAACGGGUCAGUGGCGACUGCACCCGGAAAUGGGUCGAUCGUUCCGAUGCCUUCCCAGACGCGCAUCACCAUCACGGACGAUGCGGACGGCGUGCAGGAAGCCGGAGACCGGGAACGCCACAAACUGGGGGCCCGUUCGAUCGACGGCAGUGUCUUCCGGCUCGACCAUCAGCAGCUGCAGUGCAUGUGCAGUGGGGCGGGCGACGAGGAACCGUACGCCGGCAGGGAUGGGCUCUCGCGCUCGAUGGACCUGGAGGUGGGCGGACGGAACAAUAAUUGCUGCUGCAGCUGUAGUUGCUGCUCCACGACUCGUACCACCGGCAAUCGGCAGCAACAGCAGCAGCAACAGCAACAUCGGCGUACCGAUAGUGUGAUAAAUAAUUCCACCAGUGCCGUGCUGCUGAACAGUGCAAGCGGUGCGGUUAAUUGUAAUUGUAAGAUAAGUGGAGUGAACGACAAAUCCGGUUCCGGUGCAGUGAGCACCGUUGCCGGCCGGCGGAAACCGGACGUGGACGGUGCGGUGAGUGCGGUGCCGUUGCAUAAAGCCAAACAACACACCUCGGAGCUGGUGCUGAACUGUCAGUUUGUCGGUGGGAGUAAUGGUGGUGGUGAUUGCGGGUUGGGGUACGUUGCACCGAACGGUGCCAGCACGGUCGGUGAGCACCGGAAGCAGCAACAGCAACAGAACUCGGAACAGCACCAUCAUCAUGCACCUUCCCAUCCCCAGCAUCAUCAGCGUGCCUCCAGCACCAGCGAGUGUGGUGAGUUCAGUACAAACGCUUUCGAAUCUUGUGAUAAUCUGCUACAUCAGCAGCACCACUACCAGCCACAGCAGCAACCCCCACACCACCACCAACCGAACCAGCAGCGGCACAAGCUAACGGGCAGCGGUGCCGGUGACAGUGUAGAUAGCCAUGCCACCCAAACGGGCCCGACGGUGGCCGGUACCCUCGCCCAGCUAACACCCGCGACGGACGAGGCCACGAUCCGGUCGGUGAAUUUAGAAAAGUUUAACAAAUUGUACGCCAAUAACAACAGUAGGAUAGAUAGCCUGAAAGAGCACUUUCUCAUGCGGAACGCACUCACGACCGCGCUGCAGAAUCUCGAAAUUGAAAAUCGGUCCCGCGGUGCGAUGGGCCAUGGACGCCUUCGACCACGGCAUGCGAGUGACGACGACGGUGGGGACAGUGCGGACCGUGGCUUACCGGAACCGCGAGAUGUAGGGGACGACCAAUCACGCAUCGUCAUCCGUGGGACGGCGGUUCCCGCGGUCAGUAAUCCCGGUGCGGAUGAAGCAAUCAAUAGUAAAUGCAAUAGUAGCAAUAGUAGCACCAGUAGCUGUAACAGUAGCAGAAGCAGUGGUACUAAUAAGCGAAACAACAAUGACAACAGUCAGAGCAGCAGCCGAAACAGCAACAGUACGAAUAACAGUGCCAACACACCGGAAACAUCGGCUGCCGGAGAGGGCGGUGGCGUUGGAGGUGAUGGCGGUGAGGCAGGGAGCGGUGCGAGCGGGAGUGCCGAGGUGGGUAGUUCUAGUGGUGGUGUUGGUGGAAGCAAAAAGAAGAAAUCACCCGAUAAGCGACUCGUUAUCGAUUUGAACGAUCGCUCCAAAUACACGGAAGAGGUAUCGGUAUGA